AUGAUGCUCGGAACCCACAUCAGGCUCAAUAGAAGGACAGGCUGUCUCGGAAGUGCUUCCCUUAUGCUAGGAGGGAGUAGAACCGGUAUCUUUUAUACCAUACCCCGUAUUCGUACUGAAAUGAUCCACCCGGCCAAAGCUUUGGCAAUUCCACCAUUAGGAAAGCACAUGAUAUGUAGUAUAGAAAGUAGUUCCUCUACGGGAUUAGGCUCCGAGAGAAGUUCUUCGGCAAAGGAUGUCAACGGAACUGUUUCGGCAAAGGCUAAGCCCGGUCAAAACGCGAAAGGUAGGAGAGGGUGCACGAGACUGACGAAGCGAAGUGAGGGACUGAUCGAAGCUACUGAUGCGAAGCUUACUGACCGAACCGAAGCUAACGAGGCACGUAAAGGCGAUACGGCGAUACAGCGCACUUCGAGCAAGCAAGGGUUUCACAACAAAGGUGUGGUCUUGGCUUCCAGCCGCUAG